GCUGCACCUACAACUGCAGCACCACCUACUGCAGCACCUACAACUCCUGCACCUACAACAGCUGCCCCAACAACUCCUGCACCUACAACUGCAGCCCCUACAACUGCAGCCCCUACAACCGCUGCACCUACAACUGCUGCACCUACAACUCCUGCCCCUACGACAGCUGCACCAACAACUCCUGCACCUACAACUGUAGCCCCUACAACUGCAGCACUAACUACUGCUGCACCUACAACUGCUGCACCUACAACAGCUGCACCUACGACAGCUGCACCUACGACAGCUGCACCUACGACUGCCACACCAACAACUGCUGCCCCUACAACUCCUGCCCCUACAACAGCUGCAUCAACAACAACCGCACCUACAACAGCAGCACCAACUACUGCAGAACCAACAACAGCCGCACCUACAACAGCAGCACCUACAACUGCAGCACCUACAACAGCAGCACCUACAACUCCUGCCCCUACGACUGCCACACCAACAACUGCUGCCCCUACAACUCCUGCCCCUACGACAGCUGCAUCAACAACAACCGCACCUACAACAGCAGCACCAACUACUGCAGAACCAACAACAGCCGCACCUACAACAGCAGCACCUACAACUGGUGCACCUACAACUGCUGCACCUACAACUCCUGCCUCUACGACAGCUGCACCAACAACUGCAGCACCUACAACAGCAGCACCUACAACUCCUGCCCCUACGACAGCUGCACCAAAUACAGCUGCACCUACAACUGCAGGACCUACAACAGCAGCACCUACAACAGCAGCACCAACUGCAGGACCUACAACAGCAGCACCAACAACCGCAGCACCAACUACUGCAGCACCAACAACUGCAGCACCUACAACAGCUGCACCUACAACUCCUGCCCCUACAACAGCUGCACAUACCACUGCUGCACCUACAACUGCAGCAGCAACUACUGCAGCACCUACAACUCCUGCACCUACAACAGCAGCACCUACAACUUCUGCCCCUACGACAGCUGCACCAACAACAGCCGCACCUACAACAGCAGCACCUACAACUGCUGCACCUACGACAGCUGCACCUACGACAGCUGCACCUACAACUGCAGCACCUACAACAGCAGCACCAACUGCUGAAGCACCUACAACAGCAGCACCUACAACUCCUGCCCCUACGACAGCUGCACAAACAACAGCUGCACCUACGACUGCUGCACCUACAACUGCAGCACCACCUACUGCAGCACCUACAACUCCUGCACCUACAACAGCUGCCCCAACAACUCCUGCACCUACAACUGCAGCCCCCUACUACAACAGCAGCACUGCACCUACAACUGCUGCACCUACAACUCCUGCCCCUACGACAGCUGCACCAACAACUCCUGCACCUACAACUGUAGCCCCUACAACUGCAGCACUAACUACUGCUGCACCUACAACUGCUGCACCUACAACAGCUGCACCUACGACAGCUGCACCCACGACUGCCACACCAACAACUGCUGCCCCUACAACUCCUGCCCCUACAACAGCUGCAUCAACAACAACCGCACCUACAACAGCAGCACCAACUACUGCAGAACCAACAACAGCACCUACAACAGCAGCAUCUACAACUGCAGCACCUACAACAGCAGCACCUACAACUCCUGCCCCUACAACUGCUGCACCAACAACUGCUGCCCCUACAACUCCUGCCCCUACGACAGCUGCAUCAACAACAACCGCACCUACAACAGCACUGCAUCAACAAGAACCGUACAACAGCAUCACCUACAACAGCCGCACCAACAACAGCCGCACCUGCAACAGCCACACCUACAACAGCCACACCAGCAACAGCAGCACCUUCAACAGCAGCGCCUACAACCUCUGCCCCUACGACAGCUGCACCUACAACAGCAGCAACAACAAUAGCCGCACCUACAACGGCAGCACCAAUAACAGCUGCAUCUACAACUUCUGUACCUACAACUCCUGCACCAACAACUGCAGUACCUACAACAUCACCAACAGGUGGAUCAACUGCAACAACUGUAGGUUCCACAACAACUGUUGGACCAACGACAACCAGUGA